AUGGAGGUCACAGCUCUCUGCGUCAGGCUGUGGAUGGACGUGUUGGUGCUGCUGCUUGCACAAGCUAACCACAGUUACUUUGCUCAGAGAGCUGGUGCAGCGUUUCCUCGUGUUCGUCCAGACAGACUGCAGUUCUUUGAGUAUGAGACACUCAGUGUAAACUGUGAGGAGUUCAGAGGGUUGACUGAAUGGAGAGUGAUGAGGAGGCUCAACAGAAGAAGUCCAACAGAUUCUUACAACUGGAGCUCAUCAGCACCAUCCAGCACCAUUUAUCCUGCCUUCAGAACACACAGUGGAGAAUACUGGUGUGAAGAUGGGGACGGGAACUCAAGCAGUGUUGUCAACAUCACCAUCACUGAUGGUUCUGUGAUCCUGGAGGUUCCUGCCCGUCCUGUGGUGGAGGGAGACGAUGUGAUUCUUCACUGUAGUAAAAGAGAUUCUCAAUCGAAACACAUUUCUGAUUUCUACAAAGAUGGUUCCAAACUGGGGAUCUGGUAUGAAAAGGACAUGAUCAUCCAAAAUGUUUCCAAAUCUGAUGAAGGACUCUACAAGUGCAGCAUCGCUGGAGCUGAAUCACCAGAGAGCUGGCUGACUGUCUCAAAUCAAACUGAAGAGACUCCUCCUUCCUACAGUCCCCCCCCUGAUCUGCCCUCCCUGCUGUGGAUCAUUGUCAGUGUUUCAGUGAUGGCUCUGCUGCUGUUGGUGAUGGGACUACUACUCUGUAAAAUGCACAAAAUUCUGGUCUGUUUUUCAUCUGGAAAACCAACACCAGAAUCGCACUCACCUGAAGAUCAUACAGGUGGUGGGAGUGCAGGUGAUCCAGACCUUGUGACAUAUGCUGUUGUGGAAAUCAAAAAGAAGAGGAAAGAGCGUGUCGUGUCUGGAGGCUGUACAGAGCUUUGUUCACCAGAUGAGAGUGUCGUCUAUUCUUCAGUCCACUUCAGGCAACUGUCAUCUGCAUGAAGGACUGUGGAGAUGGUCUGUUCAGAGCUCGACUUCUGUAUGUUGAUGAACA